AUGAUCACUAUGGGCGGUACCAAAUCACAUAAGAUGCCAUUCUGGGAACUUUCCAGAGGACUUAUUAGAAGAGGUCACAACAUAACGUUCAUAAGUGCCUUCCCAGCUGACUUCCACAUCACUGGUAUGGAGGAAAUAGCUCCUGAGGGCCUGGUGUCUUAUGUACGACAGUUCAUGUCUUUCGAUCUGGUCGGUUCAAGAAUGAGAGGCGAAAUUCAAAUAUCUGUGCAGGAUAUCAUCAGAUAUGGCUACGAGGCAUGUGAUGCUUUCCUUAACGACCCAGAGACUAGAGCCUUCCUCAGAUCUGGAAGGAGUUUUGAUCUUAUUGUCCUAGAUGGCGCCUACCCUGAAUGCGCCCUUGGUAUUGCAUACAAGUUCAAAGUUCCCUUCAUGUACAUCAACACUGUAGGAUUUUAUUCCACACCAUUUAGCAUAUCUGGAUCACCCACACCAUAUUCCGUUACUCCGUUCUUUGGAUAUGGCUUUACAGACAACAUGGGUAUAUUAGAGAAAACUUUGAAUGCUGCUUUUCAAAUUGGAAGUUCGGCAGUCCAUGCGUUUAGUAUGCAGCUUCUUCAAGGUGUUUUAAGGCGGAAUUUCGGAUCACAAGUACCCCAUGUCUACGAUAUGGCAAAAAAUGUCAGCUUUAUUCUGCAAAAUGGACACUAUUCUGUAUCGUAUCCUAGGCCCUAUCUUCCUAAUGUGGCUGAAGUUGCGUGCAUACACUGCAAGGAGCCAAAGGUUUUGGACCCGGAGAUUGAAGAAUGGAUCUCUGGCGCAGGGGAGACAGGCUUCGUAUAUGUUUCAAUGGGGUCAUCCGUUAGAACAAGCAACAUGCCUCUGUCUGUCCAUCGAUUAUUUGUGGAGGCAUUGGGAAGACUGUCCCAGCGAGUGCUGUGGAAACAGGACGCUGAACAGAAUAUGACUGAUAUACCUUCUAACAUAAGGCUUUAUAAGUGGCUGCCUCAACAGGAUUUACUCGGUCACCCUAAGAUCAAAGCCUUCGUUACACACGGAGGUCUUCUUAGCAUGUUCGAAACUGUCUACCACGGAGUACCAAUUGUCAGCAUUCCAGUCUUCUGCGAUCAUGACGCCAAUGCUGCCAAAGCUGAAGGUGACGGUUAUGCCAAGAAACUGGACUUAAGACAUCUCGAUUCAGAAAAAUUGUAUGAAGCCAUUCAAGAAGUAAUCAGAGAGCCUAGUUAUAAAACUGAAGUCAGAAAAAGACAAAUUUUACUGAGGGACCAAAAAGAAACUCCUCUAGAAAGAGCAAUCUAUUGGACUGAAUACGUAAUCAGACACAAAGGCGCAUAUCACCUGCAAUCUCCAGCCAAAGAUUUAAACUUCUUCCAGUACUACUGUUUAGAUUCUCUUUUAUUAGUAACUUCUUUGUUAAUCACAAUAUACGGUCUUAUGUCAUACGCCUUAAGAUUGAGUUUUAACAGAUUAAUCAACUACGUACAGAAAAGACAACUGAAGAAUUUAUUUGGUAGUUCUAAUAACGUGUUGAAUUUAGAAGAACUGAAUGGAACUGGAAAAUCAAAGAAGAACUUAUAA